CGGACAGUUUUGGUUAAAAACAAUUAGGAAAUUUUGAAUAAUUUAGGGUUUCUCAUCCAAUUCCAACCAAACCCAAAGUUCCCUUUUUUCUCCCUUUUUAUAAAUUGCCCAUUAGUUCUCAAACCUUUGCUUAACGAUUCAAUUACUUAAUUCUUCUAUCUCGAUCCCUUUUCUUUGCAGGAACCAACAGAUUAGGACGAGAAGAUAAAACCGAUACCAUCGAGAGAGUAACAACAAUGGGCAAAUCUUCAUCUUCCUCAAAGAAACUCAAACAUUCUACAGAUCCCUCUACUAAGUUGCGAUCGGUGAAGAAGAAGAGGAAGACGAAGAGGAACAAAUCGAAGAGGAUUCCUAAGGUUAAAGACUAUUCAGAUGAGAGUGAAUCAAGUUUUUCAGAUUCUUCUUUGUAUUCUUCUUCUAGUUCAGAAGAUGAUUACAGGAGGAAGAAGAUGAAGCGUCGUCAAUCUAAAUUGAGUAAGAAGAGGUCACGGAAGAGGUAUUCUUCUAGUAGUGAGAGUGAUGACGAUGACGAUGAUUCUGGUCUGUUAAAGAAAAGGAAAAGAUCUAAGAGGAAGGAUGAAUCUUUAGGGAAGAAGAAGAAGAAGAAGAAGAGACUUGUUUCAAGAAAGAGACGUAAGAGAGAUUUGAGUUCAAGCUCUAGUAGUAGUGAGCAGAGCGAUGAUGAUGACGGUAGUGAGAGUGAUGGGAAGAGAAGGUCUAGGGGGAGAGGAAGACUUGGUAAGGUUAAGGAUGUGAGGAGAAGAAGUAGAGAUGAGUCGAGUGAACCUGAUGAAUACUUACAUGUGGAAGAUGAAGUUAUACCCGAGAGUAAUUCUAGAAGGCUUAAAUCUAUUAUUGUUGUAUCAUAUGGUUAUGGCGAUGAUGAGAGAAAGGAAGAAGAUGACAGAGAUGUCUAUAUGUCACGUGGUGACAAUAGAGAGUUAGGACUUAGUGAUGAAUCUGAUGAGAGAGAUGGUGAAACUAAUGUCUCUUAUGCUAGAGCUCGUGCUGAUGAUGACAACGAAGGUAGAACUGUUGGCUAUGAUGAAUUUUUAGAAUAUAAUGAAUCUGAAACUAGCAAAGUUUCUCAGAAAGAUGAUGAAUUGGAAGCCAUAUUAAAGAAAAGAGCUUUGGAGAAUCUUAGAAGAUUUCGUGGAGUGAACCAAAAGAGUGGAAUGACAAGAAAAGAGGUGUCUUCUGUUUUAGAAGGAGAACCUCUGCAAAUUGAAUCUGAAAAAGUUGAUGAGUCACAAGACCAUAGUCUCAUGGAGCAGAAGCUUUGUGAUUCUGGGGUAAGUAAAGAUCUUGAGACUUCAGAAAAGAUAUUACAUGUUGUUAAUGUUAAGGAGUCGGGAGCAGCAUUGGCUAAUCCUGCUUCUCAACAAGAUCAGCAGCCUGGUGAUACUGCCAAGGUUAAAGCUAGUUCUAGUAUUAGCUCAUGUUCAACUAAACGGAAGUUGAUUAGACCGUCAUUGGGGAAAGAAAGUUUAAAUCUAGCUAGCUGGAAAGAAGCCGCUGGUGGCCAAGAUGCUGAAGCAGAGAGCAUCAAUGGCAGUACCAUCGACAAGAAUUGUCCAGAAAGUUCUCUAGCUCUGGCACCAGAGAAUGGAGGUGAAAACGUAGAACCAACAAAAGUUAGUUCUACCCUUAACCCCCAGUCGUCUUCUCAAGCCGGCAAAGAGACAUUAGAUGAAACAAAAGAAGGGUCUCAGUCUGAACAGAAAAAAGUUGAUGAAACAAAAGAUGAGUCUCAGUACGAAAAGAAAACAAUGACUGUGAUGAGGGGUGGAGAAAUGGUUCAGGUGAGUUACAAGGUCUACAUUCCUAAGAAGACCUCUUCUUUGGGUAGAAGAAAACUCAACAGGUGAAGCAACAUAAUGAAGAUAGUUGAUGUCGACAUAAUUUUUUGUUUCUGUAGAACUUAAAUACAAUGGUUGUUUGAACAAUAAUUACAACCAGAGUUGGUGACAACACAAACUUUAAAUCAUAAUAGAUUUGAAUUUUUGAAUACAUCAAUGAAGAGUACAUUAAGUUUCA